AUGCCUACAGCAAGUAGGCUGGUUAUAUACUCUACUUGUGCUGUUACUUUGAUAUAUCUGCUUAAUUGCUAUCGAAAAAGACGUAAGCAUAGGGCGCCCAUCAGUACUAAGUCGGUAAAAGUUAUUGAGCAUCCUGCAUCUUCGUCACAAUCGAAGUCUUACGAGGAAUCUUCUGCUUUUCAAGAUUUAAUUGAUAUUGAAUACACCGAUCCACUUAACAUUCACACAGCCGCUUUUGUUGAGGUACAACCGAGAUCCUAUUUUGAUGUACAGACAAAAUUUACUGUCGAACGUUUAGUAGCCUUAAAAGAACAAAACUUGGAAUUGGAAAAUAUUUCUUUCUUGGAAUCACUACUACCAGUAGCGUUAACUUCCUCCGACCCAGUACCCGCAUUUUUAACAAUGGCAGCCAGUCAAACAGUAGUUUCUACCCUGAACAGUAGUUCUGUCUCAGGAUCCGAAUCUGAUCGAGCACUAACGCCCGACUCAAAUUGUGAUUUUUGUGGAAUUAACCUUCCACCCGAAGGUUUUAGUGACCCUUCGAAUGACAUUUAUGAAGCUAAUCCCGAAGAGUUGGAUGGCAAAAUUUUGCCAAGAGUGCUUAUUCCCAGUGAUAUGUGGGCCCAGGUAGUUGAUAGAGAUAUCUGGCAUGAGACAUUUUUAAUACCUGCCUAUAUGGGUGGCGUUUUAAUCGGGCGGCUAGGAAAGAAUGUUAGAGAGCUGCGAAAUGUAUGGGAAGCCGAAUUCAGUUUAAAUACUUGCCCAGGAAAACAAGAUACUCUGAUCUUCAAGUUAUCAUGCCCACUUAGACACAAAAAUGAUGUGCUACGUUGGGUAUCCCAUCGAUUCAGAAUGAGACCUUCCAAGACAACAAUUGGCAACCCAAACCAACUGAAGCGUCAACUUCCUCUUGGUGAGCCGGUUCCGGUGCAGAUUCGUAGUCUUUACGGUUCGAAGGAAUUGUUCGUAACAGUACCUGACAAAGAGUACAACAACUAUUUAGUUAUGCAGGCAGAGCUUGAAAAAGACUACUCGACCAACAAUAACUACCGUAUGCAACUUUGUGAGCCGGUGACAUCAGGAACAGUUGCUGUAGUUCCCCACAGUCAAGGAUUUGCAAGAGCGCUCAUAAUUAGUGUUUAUCCUACUUGGCCAAAGGUAGCGUUCUACUAUUUGCUAGACCAUGGAACAUUCGGUGUUGUGCAACUAAAUAAAUUAAGAAAAAUCAGGGCUAAAUAUAUGAGGGUUCCUUAUCAAGCAAUUCAUGUUAGCUGGGCUCACGCAUUCCCUGUUUAUUCGGAUAUUCCCGAUUUACACAUACUUCGAACAUUCUUCAAUAGCGGUCGCGUUCAUGCAUUUGCUGUACGUAUGGAGACAUGUUGCCGAGCUUCUGUGGCAUUCGAUAUUCUAGUCAAUGCUUGUAACAGUGGACUGUUUAUAGCUGUUCCUCUGCUCAUUUAUCCCAGACGACAAUCUUGGUUGAAUGGUUCGUCGAUUCCUUAUUAUCCAUUCACAUACAGUUACAUCGAUUAUCAUUCAUUAGUCACUUUUGCUGUUGAGGAAGAUGACCAAGUGACCAUAAGUCAUUCAUCUUUCCAUAAACGAAAUCAGAGUGAAGACUCCAUCUGUCCUUCCAAAAAUCAGAAUGGAAAUCAAAAAAAGUUCAAUAAGUCAAGCGAUAAUUACUACCGCUCACAGCCUUGUGGCCAGCGUCGUGGAUUGAGAGGAUCCGCAACAGUCAGCAAUACUGGGAAUCGUCGACAAAAUCCAUAUGGACCAAAUCGUUUGCAAAAUGGCCCUCUGUUCGCUACUUCUCAGAAAGAAAACCAAUUUGCAUCGGUUAAGGAGAAUGCCAUUGCAUUAAAAUGCACAUCCAGUGGAAAUGAACAAUUUGGUAGAAGUCAACUACGAAAACCGUUAUCAAAUCGUAAUAAUAGUGUAAGUAGUUCAAGAACUGUCUCAUCAAAUCCCGGACGAGCGACUACAUUUGAUAACCAUGAAUAA